UUCAAAACGAGUUUUAAACCCGGCCUGAAAACAAAACCCCAGCAUAAACCCUGAAAACAAUCCCCUGCUCCAAGCUUCUCGCAGCUCAAAAAUGAGCAGAAGGCGGUUGAAAACUCUCCUCUGGCAAUCAAUUUCCGCCAUAUCUCCGUCCCCUCUGAAGUCCAACCCAUUUUUCUCCACAAACCCAUCACAACCAUUCCCUUCUCCAUUCAAAUCCUCCCACCAAUGUCUAAAGCUUUGCUUUCCCAGAUUACUUUGCACUUCUUGGCAGGACAAUCUCGAUGGUCUGUUCGAUCCCAACUAUUUGUUCAAGCCGGAGAGUUCUGGAGUUGAGUCUAUUUCAGCAGAGGAAUUCGCCUCUCUGCGCGAUUCGGUGUUGGAUACCAGUGCUGGUGGUAAACAAAUUGGGUAUAGUCACACUGCUCCUGUGUACAACGCGCUGUUAGAGUUAUUGGAGUGUGGUAAUAAGAGGGUAGCGGAACAUUUUCUGCAAGAAAUUAAGGGUGAUGAUAGAGAGGUGCUUAGGAAGUUGCUUAAUGUGUUGAUUCGGAAGUACUGCCAAAAUGGGUUGUGGAAUGUAGCUUUGGAAGAGCUGGGGAGGCUUAAGGAUAUCGGAUACAAGCCAACUCAAGCAACUUACAAUGCUUAAGUUCAAGUGGUUCUAGAAGCAGAUAAGUUGGACACAGCACACUUGGUCCAUGUGGAGAUGUUGGAUUCAGGGUUUAAGAUGGAUGAGUAUACAUUUGGUUCAUUUGUUCACACCCUUUGCAAAGCUGGGAGGUGGAAGGAAGCUCUUGCAUUGGUUGAGACGGAAGAGUUUGUGCCCAAUACUAUUCUUUAGACGAACAUGAUAUCUGGGUUGUGCGAAGCUUCACUUGUUGAGGAAGCUAAGGAUUUUUUGAACAGAAUGCGAUGCGAUUCUUGCAUUCCUAAUGUUGUGACCUAUAGGACUUUGCUUUGUGGGUGUUUGAAGAAAAGACAGCUCGGUAGGUGCAAGAGAAUUCUUAGUAGGAUGAUCACAGAAGGUCGUAUUCCAAGCCCUCAGAUAUUUAGUUCUCUUGUACAUGCUUAUUGUAGGUCCGGAGAUCACUCUUAUGCUCAUAAGUUACUUAAGAAAAUGGUAAGAUGUGAGUGCCAGACAGGCUACGUGGUUUACAAUAUCUUGAUUGAUGGUAUAUGUGGAAACAAGGAAUUACCAAGCCCAAAUAUGUUAGAUUUGUCUGAAAAAGCUUAUGGUGAGAUGCUUGAUGCAGGGGUUAUGCUAAGUAAGGUCAAUGUGAGCAAUUUUGCAUGGUGUCUUUGCGGUGCCGGAAAAUUUGAGAAAGCCUAUAAGGUUGUCAGCGAAAUGAUGAACAGGGGUUUUGUUCCUGACACUAAUACGUAUGCUAAUGUUAUUGGCUUUUUGUGUAAUGCCUCCAAGGUAGAACAAGCAUUUUUGUUGUUUAAAGAAAUGAAAAGGAAUAGUAUUGUUCCUGAUGUCUAUACCUAUACUAUUUUAAUUGAUAGUUUUUGUAAAGCUGGUCUUAUUGAACAAUCUCGGAGCUGGUUUAAUGAAAUGAUACGAAAUGGUUGUGCUCCAAACGUGGUGACAUAUACUGCUCUUAUACAUGCAUACCUUAAAGCAAAGAAGGUGUCUGAUGCUGAUCAACUCUUUGAGAUGAUGUUGGCUGAAGGUUGCAGUCCUAAUGUUAUUACUUAUACUGCUUUAAUUGAUGGUCAUUGUAAAGCUGGUAGAAUUGAAAAGGCUUGCCAGAUAUAUGAGAGAAUGAGAGGUAAUGUGGACGUCCCUGAUGUUGGUGGGGCUUUGGUGGAUGGUUUAUGCAAAGCACACAAGGUUAAAGAGGCCCGUGAUUUAUUGCAUGCUAUGUCAGAAGAAGGUUGUGAACCUAACCAUAUUAGUUAUGAUGCUCUUAUAGAUGGAUUUUGCAAGCAUGGGAAGCUAGAUGAAGCACAAGAGGUGUUUGCUAAGAUGUCAGAGCAAGGGUACAGUCCAAAUGUGUAUACGUACAGUUCUUUGAUUGAUAGGUUGUUUAAGGAUAAAAGACUGGAUCUCGCUUCAAAAGUCUUGUCCAAAAUGUUAGAACACUCUUGUGCACCAAAUGUUGUUAUCUACACAGAGAUGAUUGAUGCCCUGUGUAAAGUUGGAAAAACAGAUGAAGCCUAUAAGCUUAUGCUGAUGAUGGAAGAAAAAGGGUGUUAUCCGAAUGUUGUGACUUAUACCGCAAUGAUAGAUGGCUUUGGGAAAGCAGGUAAUAUCGAAAAGUGUGUUGAGCUUUUUAAACAAAUGAGCUCUGAGGGUUGUGCUCCAAAUUUUAUCUCCUAUGGGGUUUUGAUAAAUCAUUGCUGUUCAACUGGACUACUGGAUGAAGCUCAUAAGCUUUUGGAUGAAAUGAAACAAACACAUUGGCCUAAGCAUAUGGUAGGCUACUGUAAUGUUAUUGAAGGUUACAAUAGAGAGUUCAUGACCUCUCUUGGGCUUUCAAAUGAGAUGAGUGAAUGUGACACAGUGCCAAUUACUCACAUAUACGAAGUUCUGAUUGAUAAUUUUGUAAAGGCUGGAAUGUUGGAAGUGGCUCUUGAGCUGCUUAAAGAGAUUUCGUCAUCUUCACCGUUUACAUCUGUGAACAAGAAUAUGUACACUUCAUUGAUUGAGAGUCUUUCACAUGCAAAUAAGGUCGGUAAGGCACUGGAGAUGUUUGCAGACAUGAUGAGGCAUGGUGGUUUUCCAGAGCUGGAUACAUUCUUUCAUCUUAUUAAAGGGCUUAUUAAAGCUAACAAUUGGGACGAAGCUCUUCAACCAGAUAGCAUAUGCCACAUGGUGGGAAUAUGA